UAUUGUGGCUUUUGUUUGGAUUUCAUCGUGCGGAAUUACAGCUGUUCAGAGGAGACUCAUUACAACUCCUGCUGAAGCUCCCAAUCUUCCUCUCUCUGUCCCUACCCCCACUCUCCCUUGGCCUGAAGACACUGCCCCCAGUUUACCUUACUCCCUUGGUGCUAUGAGCAUGGUAAACAUGCCAGUAUGGCCAGGUCUGGGACUGGCCAGGCAACUGCUGUUGACUUUCCCCAUUCCAGGAAGAAUUUAAAGGGAAAUUACACAGCAAGCACUGUACCUCAGCAGCAGCAGCACCAGGAACAUAGUGACUAGGGUUCUCUGGGAUUGUCUCACACAAACACACACAUGCAGAGUUGAAUGCAGUGACAAUAGCUGUUCCUGGGAACUGUGACAGCAGCCAGGUGGCUGCAUGAAAUGGGAACCAGUUCCCGAGCACGAGAUGAACUCCACCUUGGAUGGUGACCAGAGCAGCCAUCCUUUCUGUCUCCUGGCACUGGGCUACUCAGAAACUGUCAGUUUUUGUCUUUUGGAAGCACUGAUUGUUGUCUUUCUAACCACAUUGAUUAUUUCUGGCAACAUCAUUGUGAUUUUUGUGUUUCACUGUGCACCUCUGUUGAACCAUCACACUACAAGUUAUUUCAUCCAGACAAUGGCAUAUGCUGACCUCUUGGUUGGGGUAAGCUGCUUGGUCCCUUCCUUGUCACUACUCCACUACCCCCUUCCUAUGGAGGAGGCCAUGACUUGCCAAGUAUUUGGCUUUAUAAUAUCAGUUCUGAAGAGCGUUUCCAUGACUUCUCUGGCCUGUAUCAGCAUUGAUAGAUAUAUUGCCAUCACUAAGCCUUUAACCUAUAAUACGCUGGUUACUCCCGGGAGACUACGCCUGUGUAUUUUUCUGGUUUGGCUGUAUUCCAUCUUGGUCUUCCUGCCUGCCUUCUUCCACUGGGGCAAACCUGGAUAUCAUGGAGAUGUAUUUCAGUGGUGUGCAGCGUCCUGGCACACCAAUCUCUACUUCACAGUGUUCAUCGUGGUGAUGCUGUAUGCCCCAGCUGCCCUCAUUGUCUGCUUCACAUAUUUCAACAUCUUCCGCAUCUGCCAACAGCACACAAAAGAAAUCAGCGAAAGGCAAGCCCGAUUCAGCAGCCGGAAUGAGGAGACUGGGGAAUCCCAGACUUGUCCUGAUAAGCGCUAUGCCAUGGUCCUCUUUAGAAUUACAAGUGUAUUUUAUGUCCUCUGGUUGCCAUACAUCCUGUACUUUCUGCUGGAGAGCUCCACUGGCUGCAGCAGCCACCUUGCAUCCUUCCUCACUACCUGGCUUGCUAUUAGCAAUAGUUUCUGCAAUUGUAUCAUUUACAGUCUCUCCAACAGUGUUUUCCAAAGAGGAUUAAAGGGUCUCUCAGGGACUGUGUGUACUUCUUGUACAAGUCACACUACAGCCAAGGACCCUUACACAGUUAGGUGGAAAGGACCCCUUAAUGGAUGUCAUAUCUGAGGGGUUCAUAUACUCAGUUACUUUGUUUGCAGGAAGAAAGGGUGGCUUUGGUUCUCCUCUUCCUUUCGACCCUGUGCUCCAGUUUACUAGGAGAUCUAGAACACGAUAACUUGACUCUGAGCAGCUACAGACCGUCGACACUUUUCAGUUUGCAGAAGUUGUUUCCUAAAUGAGAUUUAAAAUUAGAAGAAUCCGGAUCAUUAAAAAAAAAAAAACCAACUCGUGAUGCAGUUUUUGAAAUGUCAUGGAAGUAAGAUUCAAAAGGAAUAAAGUCAUAGCUAAUACCUCUCCCAGCUGGUGUGACUGAACAUGGAUGUGAAAAGCAGCAGCACUUUAAAGAAAAAAAAUCGCCAUUUUCUUUUCCCUUUUCUGGAUUCUUCCAAGCAACUUGGAACUUAUGUGCAAUUGAUAUCUUUUAACAGGGAAUAUUAAGAUAGACUGAUGAACUAACAAGGAUUUUCUUUAUCUGUGCCAAAAUAUAACUGCACUGUAAGUUUCAGCACUCCUUUAGAUGGUGAAAUGUCUUGAAAGAAAUCUCCAUAGGAUGAAUAAUGUGAUCCCUGAAGAUUACUUUUGGAGUUUUGAAAUGAACCAUGAAGCAACCAUGCAAUGAAGUCAUACAGUUUGUGAAAAACAGCUACAUUUACUUCAUGCUUGUGAACAUUCUGUACAUGUGUGUAGAAGUGACAUUACAGUGCAUUUUCCUGUGCCUCUGUGUUUGUGAAUAUUGAACAUUUACAUUGAG